AUGAUUGGCUGGAGAAAAUUUCGUAUUAUUACUAUUUCUGUUAUCAUUUAUGCUAUUUGCAUUUAUACAAAUAAUAAUUUAUAUACGAAAUUACCAUUGCAUUUUGAUUACGAUACGAUUGAUGAUCGAUUUCAAUUGAUUUCAAACAUUUUCAAGAAAAAUUUUGCGGAUGAUUGGGAACAUGCAGGUGCUGCAUUAACAGUUUACUUUAAAGAUCAGAAAGUUCUCGAUAUUUGGGGCGGAUAUGCUGAUGUGCAAGCGGCCAGGAAAUGGCAAGUGGAUACAAUCAUUCCAACAUUUUCAUGCUUAAAACGAGUGAUGGCAUUAUGUGUUGCACUGAUUGUCGAAAGGAAAUUAGCAAAAUAUGAUGAUCCAAUUAUCAAAUAUUGGCCUAAUUUUGGUAAUAAUGGCAAAGCUAAUAUUACCAUUCGAAUGUUAGCAUCACAUGAGGCAGGUUUGACUUAUUUGGACAAACCAAUUAGUUUGGAAAUUGCCGACGAUCAUCAAACAAUGAGAAAAAUGCUCGAGAAUGAGCAACCGAAAUGGUUAUCGAGAAAGGAAUUCGGUUGCCAUGGAUCUUCGUACUAUUGGCUUAUUGAUCAAUUAAUUCGGCAUAUUGAUAAGAAAAAACGUGGCGUACAACAAUAUUUUCACGAUGAAAUAGCAUCAAAACCUGGAAUUGAUUAUUCGAUCGGUUUAACAAUGACAGAGGAAUAUCGAGUGGCUCGAAUGACAAUGCCUUCCUGGUCUGAUAUCCUUAGCGAAAUUUAUCAAACUCCUGAUUUGACACGAACUUUGUCAUUUCAAUUUUCUGCACUUAAAGACUCGAUAAUAUAUAAAGUUAUGCAUAAUUUAAAAUGGUUAGAUCCAAACAAACCAAUGCAAAUUAACAAUCCAAAUUUUCAUCAUUUAUUAUAUCACGGAUUUGGUAAUGCAAGAAGUUUAGCACAGAUAUUUCAUACGUUGACGACAGGUAAACUGUUGUCAUCUGCAACAGAACUUCUUUACGAUAAUAGCACAGAUAUAUGUACAAUGAAAUAUUUAACAAAGAGCAUUGGCUUCUUAGUUUUCAUCAAUCAACCACAGGUGACACAUUUAUUUGGCCAUUCAGGCUUCGGUUGUCAACAAGUCAUUCACGACACUCGAAAUGAUCUCACAAUUGCUUAUGUAACAAAUGCUAUCAAAGUUGGUACAUAUGAAAAAUGUCGCACUUACAUUCGCUUACAAAAUGCAAUUUACGAUAUUGUUGAAAAAAUUAAUGAAAUUUAA